GGGAGGGGUACAACUCACAGACUGGAGACAGAAUCCAUGGCAACAAUAAUGGCAGAAGCCGAGACGCGUCAGAGACUGCUGCGCACCGUCAAGAAGGAGGUGAAGCAGAUUAUGGAGGAAGCUGUCACCAGGAAAUUUGUUCACGAAGACAGCAGCCAUAUUGUUUCCUUUUGUGCUGCCGUGGAGGCCUGCGUUCUGCACGGGCUAAAACGGCGAGCGGCAGGCUUUCUGCGUAGCAACAAGAUCGCGGCGCUCUUCAUGAAGGUGGGCAAGAGCUUCGCCCCGGCUGAGGAGCUGUGCAGGAAGGCCCAGGAGCUGGAGCAGAUCAUCGAGACCAAGCGAACCCAAAGCUUGCAGAGUCAGGACAGCCUGCGGAAGCUGCCGAGACUGCCAAGCCUCGCCCCGCAGGCUGCGAAGAACUUGUGGAUCCGCACGGCGCUGUUUGAGAAGGUGCUGGACAAGAUUGUCCUAUACCUGGUUGAGAACAGCAGCAAAUUCUAUGAGAAAGAGGCUGUGCUGAUGGACCCUGUGGAUGGACCAAUCCUCGCCUCUUUGCUAGUUGGACCGUGUGCGCUGGAGUACACAAAGAUGAAGACAGCUGACCACUUCUGGACAGACCCCUCAGCUGACGAGUUGGUGCAGAGACACCGCAUCCACGGUGGCCACUGCAGACAGGACUCUCCCACCAAGAGGCCCGCUCUGUGUAUCCAGAAGAGGCACUCCAGCAGCAGCAUGGAUGAGCGCCCUUCCCCCUCACCCUCAGCUCGUGACUACGUGGAGUCACUGCAUCAGAACAACAGGGCAACCCUUCUGUUCGGCAAAAACAAUGUGCUCGUACAGCCGAGAGAUGACAUGGAGGCGAUCCCAGGUUACCUCUCUCUGCACCAGACGGCUGACAUCAUGACCCUGAAGUGGACACCCAAUCAACUCAUGAAUGGCUCUGUUGGAGACUUGGACUAUGAGCGCAGUGUGUACUGGGACUACGCCAUGACCAUCUGCCUGGAGGAGAUUGUUUACUUGCACUGCCAUCAACAGGUGGACAGUGGAGGAACGGUGGUGCUUGUGAGUCAGGAUGGGAUCCAGAGGCCUCCGUUUCGCUUUCCUAAAGGAGGCCACUUGCUGCAGUUCCUCUCCUGCCUUGAAAACGGCCUCCUUCCCCACGGCCAGCUGGACCCCCCACUUUGGUCCCAGAGGGGAAAGGGAAAGGUGUUCCCUAAGCUGCGGAAGAGGGUUCCUCAGGGAUCUGGAUCCUCAGACUCGGUCUCUGAUAAAGAGGAGGAUGAGGCCACAGACUACGUCUUCCGUAUCCUCUUUCCAAACAGCCAAUCAGAGUUUGUGAAUCCUCCAGACUUGAUGGACCAGGGAGCUACGAUGUGGCACCCGACUCCCAGGAAGUCCUCCUGCUCCUCCUGUUCCCAGGGGAGCCUCUCUGACGGCGUGCCACUCAAAGGGUGUAACCAUGAAAGGGCUCCUUUGAAGAUGCUGUGCGACAACAUGAAGUAUCAGAUCAUCUCUCGGGCUUUCUACGGCUGGCUGGCAUAUUGCCGUCACCUGUCCACUGUGCGGACACACCUCUCUGCUUUGGUCAAUCACACCAUUGUGGAGCCUGACGUGCCAUGCGACGCCUACAGAGGGCUCACCACUGAGGUGUGGCAGACGUUCCUUCAGGACUGCACUGCCUAUGAUGAGAAGGAGCUGCUGCGUCUCGUUUACUUCGGAGGUGUGGACCCCUCGCUGCGUAAGGAGGUGUGGCCUUACCUCCUGGGCCAUUACCAGUUUGGAAUGUCUGAAGCGGAGAGGAAGGAGGUGGAUGAGCAGGUCAGAGUGUGCUAUCAGCAGACCAUGCGUGAGUGGCUGGGCUGCGAGGAGAUCGUCCGCCAGCGGGAGAAGGAGCAGCACGCUGCAGCCUUGGCUAAGUGCUCCUCUGGGGCUAGUGUGGACGGCACCAGCCAGAAGAUGAUCCAUCACGACUCCACUGUCAGCAACGAGUCGUCCCAGAGCUGCAGCUCAGACAGACAGAGUCUGGCUCGCCUGCAGAGUGACUCCAGCAGCAGCACACAGGUGUUUGAGUCUGUAGAGGAGGUGGACCAGAUCGAGACAGAGCCCAAGAAUGAAGAGGCCAAACAGGUGCCCAAGAUGCCCAAUGGAGCUCUCCAGAAUGGGACAAGCUCUCCUGACUCUGGACAUCCCUCCUCCCGCAAUUUCUCUGUUACCUCUGGCCUAUCAGACGGCUCGCUCAGCACGGAGGACUGCGCUGCACCUGAUACAACCAGCAGAGCUGCUGCUGCUGCCCCUGUGGUGCCACAGAGCCCCGUCAAACCUCCUCGGGACUCAGUCCCACCAGCUGAAGAAGGGAAGGAAAAGGCCUGUGAGGGCAUGAGCCCACAACUUCAAACAGAGGAUAGUGCUGUAGAUUUAUCAGAGGGGUCCCAAGCAGCUACAAACGCUGACAAUACUGAACAGGCGACAGAAUCAGGGGAGAGCAAGUGUGAAGAUGGAGAGUUGACUACACUGGCAGAUGCUAAAGAAGGUAAAACUUCAGAAGAAGAGGUUAGGGGUGAGCUACCCAAAUCAGAGUCAGGGAAAUCAGAGAAAGAAGUGCCUCAAAAAGAUAAUACAGUGGUAUCGACAGUAACUGCAGAGCCCAAAGGAGAAACGAUCUCUCAUGUUGAGCAAACUCUUAAAAAAGAAUUAGAAGUAGCAAGCACUGAGGAGACAUCAGGGGAAAAGAAAAGUGUGGAAAAGACACAGGAUGAAAGUGAAAGAGACAUUGUUCAGACAGGGAUUUUGAAAUUGGAGGAAACAGACAAAAUGAAGACAAAUGAGGAUUUACUGGUGAAGGAGGACAAGGUUAAGAAAGCAGAGGCGACUGUAGGACAUGAAAAGAUGGAAAAAACUGUAAAAGAUCCCAGGGGUCCUGCAGCAGAGAAGAAUCUCAUUUUCUCGGCAGAAGCUCAGGUCUCAAGGGCGAUGGAAGCCUUUUGCACGUCUCAGAGCGACGAGGCUCACGUCACGACUGAAUCUGACGAGUCUCCCUCGGCCAUAGAGAUGGAGGAAAUCCCCAAAGCCAAAGUUUCCAUGGUGCCUUGGAACAGGAAGGGACUUGGUGAGGCAUCCUCUUCGUCUGAGGACUCGGCGCCCCACCUGGAGCUCAGGCUGGAGCGGGACCAGGGAAAAGCCAGUCCAGAGGGCACUGAGUCCAACUUGUCUGAGGAGCCAGAGAUGGAGAGCCUCUACCCUCAUUUUGACUGUCUGCCAGUGUCUGGAGAGACCAAAGACGAAACGACCCCUCCAGUAUCUGGCGGCAGCACCUACUCUCAAGAGCUUUUGGACAUGUAUACUCUAAAUCUGCACCGUAUUGAAAAGGACGUCCAGCGCUGUGAUAGGAACUACUGGUACUUCACUCCUGCCAACCUGGAAAAACUGCGGAAAAUCAUGUGCAGCUAUAUCUGGCGGCACCUGGAAAUCGGUUAUGUGCAGGGUAUGUGUGAUCUGCUGGCUCCACUUCUAGUUAUUCUGGAUGAUGAGGCCAUGGCCUUCAGCUGUUUCACUGAACUGAUGAAGAGGAUGAAUCAAAACUUUCCCCAUGGAGGAGCUAUGGACACUCACUUUGCCAACAUGCGCUCUCUCAUCCAGAUCCUGGACUCCGAGCUCUUUGAGCUAAUGCAUCAGAACGGUGACUACACACACUUCUACUUCUGCUACCGCUGGUUCCUCUUAGACUUCAAGCGAGAGCUGGUCUAUGAUGAUGUGUUUGCAGUCUGGGAGACCAUCUGGGCAGCCAAGUAUGCCUCCUCUAGUCACUUUGUCCUCUUCAUCGCUCUGGCGCUGGUGGAGAUCUACAGGGACAUCAUCCUGGAGAACAACAUGGACUUCACUGACAUCAUCAAGUUCUUCAAUGAAAUGGCCGAGCAUCACAACAUCAAGCAGAUCCUGACGCUGGCCAGAGACCUGGUGUGCAAAGUGCAGAUGCUCAUCGAGAACAAGUGACCCUGCUGCUCGCCUCCUCUUCUGCCCGGUCGUCGAAGUUAAGCGUGAAUAGCUGUAGCAGCACAAGAGUAAACAUAUAAGAGGACGCACACACACACACACACACACACGGACAUGCACACACACACACACACACACACACAUACAACCUUUCUGCCGUUGCUGCUAUGAGCCUUUAUCCACUGUAUCCUCUAUGUUGUAUGUGUUGUCAGCUGGUGUAUGAGAAUAUUCUGCUUCAUAUCUGUCAGUAAUUUCAAGUUAAGAGAUGAAAUUAGUUUUGUUUUUUUUGUUUUUUUAAAUAUCUCAAUAUUUUUGUCUGAGAAUCGAAGUUUCAGUCUUAACCUGAGUGCAUUUUCAAUUAAUAUUUAGAGAUUAAGCUGGUUUUAGUUUCACAUUUCAAACCAAAUUGCCUCUUGAAUUUAGCCAGAGAAUAUAUUUAUGAGAGAAGAAAAAAAUACAAAUAUAUUGUGAUAAAAGAAAGUCUAUAUUGAUUAUUUUAUUCGGUGUAGUCUGUAACAUAAAGUGACAUUUAAAAUAUCAGCAGGAUAUCUUCUAUAUUUAGAGAGUACCGGCAAAAAAAAACAACAACACAUAUUUGAAAGUAGUGCUUAUCAGAAACUCUUUAAAAUGCAUCACUCCAAAAAUCAAAUGAGGUGUUCUUGUGAAAUUGCAGUUUCAGAGCUUAAAAACACCGUGUGGGUUCCAGCCCUCGGUGUUUCUUCUUGUGAUGUUCGCCACAGGAAGAUCCUUCAGGUUUCAACACCGCUCCAGUGAUUUAGUAUCAGACAGUGUUUUCAUUUUGUCCAUUAACUGCCUCGUCUACCAAAUAGUAUGUCUGUAUUUGUUGUGCGUGAAUUGUACUGUAAAGAGAGAAAAAAAGAAGAGCUUAAAUUAUGAGAAAUACAUUAUUACGCAGCGAAACAUAACCUGACAAUGGAGUAAGUUGCAGAUUUCUGAGCGGAGAUCUGCACAAAGCAGCAAGCCUGAUGAUCUGACCGUCGUCCUCAUUAUUUUUUCAUCAUCCAGUGAACCGUUGUAUAUUUUGUAAAUUGUGGGGUUUACUCACCUUGAUUUUUUUUUUUUUUUUUUUUUGGGCUCAUUUUGUCUUUUAGCAUUUUCUAGACUUUUAUGCUUUGAAUUAAAUGUUAAUUUGAACACAAGAGUGAGUUUGGAGGAUCAGGUGAGGAAGUAAUGAUCUAUAUUUACAUUGACCAAAUUAACAGGUAAUGAAUUUUAUUCAGAUUUCAGAGCAGUCUAUGAAGAUAAGAAGGUACAGUAUGGUUUAAUUGUCUGGUUAUAGCCAAACAAAGCUUGAAUUUUUAUUAUCAAUUUUUGUUUUUAUUUUUUUAUGAAUUGCAUAUUCAGACCUGAUGCCAUGAGGGAAUUUUGUUGUUGUUGUUGUUGGGGUUUUUUGACAUUUUUAGGGUAUUUUCUCCUUUAGUAAGACAAAAUGUGUUGGUUGAAGAACGUGUAACCAUGAAUAAGGGAUUAUGGGAUCAUGUCGCUGUUGUUCCUGAUGGCCCCUGCAUUACAGUACCUUUGUGAGGCACAUGUCGUCUGUUGGCCCCUCAGACCUUCGUUCAUGCUCGUCAUUAGUUGCCUAAAACUUCACUCAGUUCUCAAAGUGUUGUUUCAUCAGUGUGAUGAGAUUAAUUGCAUUUAUAAUAUUGGUGGUUCUUUGUGAAUGCAAAUCGCUGUAUGAGAAAAAUGAAAAGCAAACUAUUUUAAUUUAUUGUAACAUGGAUUUAUUUUGCCAACAUAUUUAUUUAUUUAUUUAUCUACUCAUUCAGAUGCUGCUUUGUUUGUCAGGCUGAUAUUGUUAUUUUGUGCUCAGUUCCAAAUGUGUAUUGUAAAACAAUCAAAAUUCUAUA